AUGUCGAUCACUAGCGUACCCUCUGAGGACAGACCAUCAACCCAGGAAAUUAAUACAGUGAAGAAUCAAGAGCCGUUGCCAACCGUAGUGCUUGAUGAAACUGCAGUUGAGGAGCGAAGGGAUGGACAAGUAAUGGAUGCAGAAGAUGCUGAUGAUGAGCAGACGGGAUAUGAUUCUUUAGACGACGCUGAGUCCUUCUUUACAGCAGCUACAGGGGUGGCAACACAAACAGAUACGCCAACGCGUGAUGCCUUUGUCAUUGCGCCCUUGGAUCGCUCUGCAAGAGUCGUAGAGUGGCAUCAGGAACAACAGAAUCUCCAUCAUGCAAAGGGGAGUACAAACCUUGCGGCAGCAACUCAACAGACACCCUGGUCUUUUGGCACCGGGCUACAUCAAGGGGAUCACUUGCUAGCGAGCGGUAACUCACUUCAUCGAAUGCAAAACCGCCAUCCUGCACAGAGUGCCAAUGUAGGCAUGAUGGCCACAGGACCAGUCCAGACAGCCUGUUCUCCAACCAUUGUGCUUGAUACUCUACAAAAAGAUCCUGUAGCGGCUAAGGAUUUGGUUUUCGCUCUCCUUAGCGGCCGAAAAGUCUGCAUCAUGGGACAAAGCGAUAGCGAAGCCAAAGUCAGAAAACUAGUGUCGGUUUUGGCAACAUUUCUACCACAUGCCGGAUAUCCAUCUAGAGAAGAACAGCUGAUUGAACAUCAGCGUCAGAUAAUGACUUGGCACCAAGGGCCUGGGCUGUUGCAGCUAUCGGAUAUGGAAAAACUAUGUCUUGUAGGCGUCGACUCGAGCAAAAUUGACCCCAAAUUCCUGGGAUCUGGCAUUUGUAUACUAAACUAUGAUACGAUGGCUUGGAUUAACGCGCAACAUUACACGGACGGGGUUUUCUUAGAAGCUAUGUUCAAGGACAUGGAUAUCUUUUCAGAAGACACAUCAUUUCUCGCGUACGUGGAUGGUAAACUAUACGAAAUUUUGCUCAAGUCCUUUCUCUAUUACCACUUGGUUUUCAAUAACCGGCUUUAUCAGGGCGGGUUUUUAGCUCAGUCUGGAGCGCAGACAUUCUAUUCAAGUGGGGCAUCGGACGACGGUGAAGCGUUUUCUUCUCAGAACAACUUUCGAAGCUCUCGACAAUCUCUUGCAACUACUCCCAAAGGUGACGGCAGUAGUAGGACUUCUCGGGUUCCUCGUAGAAAUACUUCUGCAUAUCCGUCAUCUACACAACUAGGCACUACGGUCUCGCACAAAAUGAAAACCUCUCGAGCUGCAUCUUUAUCAUCUCAAGUGUCAUCCGAUGCAGAAAAACUGCAGCCUAUUGAACAGUACGAUUCAAGGAAAGAGGAUUUUUCGGAGAAGUCUCGUUGUUACCAAUCACAGCAUUAUGAUAGUAAGAGUUUAGGUAGACUCGUCAUGUCUGGAGAUGAAUCGAGUCAGGGUGAUAAUGGCACUGGGACAAUUCAGUUCACAACAUCACAAGGGAUGAAGAAAUGGAAAAAAUGGUUUGAGUACUGGAGUGCUAAGAGUGCGGCCAUGAUCGACCCCGCUCUAGCAGCGUUUGGACGAUCGGACUCAAAUACUAUUAUAGAUGGUAUAUCUCACAAUGGUAGCGGAAACCGUAGGAAACGCAACAGCAAUGGACGAGCAAGCCCACAUCGACGCUCUAAAACCUUACCUAUUCAUCACCAUCAUCAUACAAGUCCUGGACGGCACCGAGAGGUUAAGGAACGGGAAAAAGAACGCGGCCGAGAACGAGAGAGGGAACGGAAUCAAAAGUUGAAACUUGACCAUUUUGAUGUUGGCAAGGGAAAUCCCAUGUUACUGAGCACUGUGAGCGAUAAUAGUACCAGUAGUACUAAUACUGGAGGAAGUGAUUCGGAUUCAUACACUAAUGAUAACAAAAACGACUUUGCAGCAUUUGAAGAAGAAACGAUUAUGGGUGAGAAGAGUCGUAUGGAGUAUUCAGGAGAUAGAGACGAAGAUCUAGAUCAUCCCAAAUCUGUGGGGAAGAUUGAAGAGAGUCACAGUCAUUUGGCUGAGGCACUUGGCACUUCAUCCAAAGGCCUGAGUGGGUUGCGUCGCUUGAGGCCUAAGCGGCCGCUUCUUUUGAGCCGUGCGACAUCAAAAUCAAGCGAUCUGGAACGAGAUAAGAACGAACAUCGGGAAGAUGCUACCACAGUAGCUGGUGGUGGAGAAUCGCUUAAGAAGGCUUCCUCUCUAUCUGGGUCUCCAGCAUCUCCCUCAACGUCUGCCACUUUCCGUAGUUUUGCAGGAGCAUUUCGAGCCAUGUCCUUCGGGUCGUCAACGCAAUCAUCCGCUGCGACCGGUAUCCUAGAGGCAGGAACACAUUUAGAAGCUUCUGCAAAGGACAGCAACAGCCGUCAGAGCUCGGAAAUACAGCGUAGUCCUCGAAACAGCCGUGAACUCUCCGAUCCAGGCCAUCUCAACAAAGAGAUCAGGCGACAUGGAUCGACUAGAGCAAAAGCUAAAGCUUGGCUCAAGUCUAAGAGGAAAAAGCGGGGUCGGGUGUCUGAAGGUGACCAACUUCAACAACUGUCACGUGGUGCUGAGGAGCUUAAUGAAGAGGGUAGUGAAGAUGAUGGAGGGGACUCGGAGCUGAGGGAGAUGCAAGAGUCUCGAGAUAAAGAAUCACCAGGAUUAGAACGACAUUCUGAACAUCAGUCGUCGCGGGAGCAAGAUCUAGGGCAAGGCGAGCAAGGAGAUGCACAACCACAUACGGUUGAGGAUUCCGAGCUAACAAUACGUACGAUUCCAAGAUCCGCGCCAGCAAGCACGUUGACAUCCUCAAAGCUACCUAUUGUUCCACCGCAGCAAUCUCGUUCGACCGAAGAUCUGACGGAAUCAGUGAGAGCUCAGCACCAUAGUGUCACUGAAUUGCCUCUAGACACUCCUCUGACGAUCCAGGAAAUUGCAGCGCUAGAGCCCACGAGGAUCCAACCUCCACGGGCGAUACCCUCUCCACCCCUUACUGUCCAAUCUUCCGUAACUCCAUCGCUUCUUCCUACUCUACCAGUUACUUCUACAUCGUCACCAACGCUCAGCAGCAAUGGUAACAAUAAUAGGAGUAGAGCUUCAUCCGUGAACGCAUCCCGGAGCACAUCAUUGAAUGUCAUUUCUUUUGCCCCUGGGCAUCGUCAAUCUGUCUCGGGCCUUCGACCUUCAAUUUCAUUAAAAGGAUCUGCGACAGUCCCAGGACUAGUAUCUGCAGCAGCAGCCCAAAGAUUAGUCUCUGCUAUGACUGAUGGGCGUUCAGAAAUAGAUGAUGGUGAGUACGAUCCUCGUCGAGAUCCUGGUCGAGAAAGUGCAACGGAUUACGAAACCUCACUUGAGACCUUGACUGGGUUAGAGAGCGGCAAUGUGAGCUCGAUCGGUCGGGCAGAAGGCAAGCGACAGUCAGCUGAAUCUUUUGGUUGGGGAUCAUUAAAUACAGUAGCUACUCCGAGUACAGCAGCCUCUAUAACUCCAACGAUGACAACGACGGAUGUGGGUCUUGGCAUGAAUCUCAAAGGCUCUCAACAAAACGAACAUCAGCCCCAGCCACGCCGGCAACAGCAUCAGGAGGAAGGACAAGGAUCGAGUGCUGAUGAUCCUAAAGUAAGUAAUCGUCAGCAGUCGCAGCAACAACAGCAGCAGCAGCAGCAGCGGGAUGAAGAUAAAGUAAUGAAAGAUAUGACAGAUAUGAGCACAGUGACUUUGACUGAAGAAGAAGAGGUUAUCGUCCGAGAGAUGCUUGGUGGUAUUACUGGAAUGGAUGACUGGGCCAUCAUCGUGUAUCUGGCUACAAUGGUAGACAUGUAUGAACGUAGCAAGGCACCCACCUCACCUAUAUCAAAUGAACUAUGA